AUUUUUCCCCCCUCAAUCAACAUAUUGUAGAAAUUUUAAUAUGAUUAAUAUAAACAUGAUGAUAGGUAUGAAGGAGCUAUGGAGCGCAAAUCGAAAAUUCUUGAGAUAAUUCGUAAUUUGGAUCUUCCGAACAACCCAUUGGAUGACAUUAUUGAUCAGCUUGGAGGGCCUGAUAAAGUUGCAGAAAUUACAGGGAGGCGACGCAUGCUCGUUAGGACCUCUGAUGGAAAAGGUGUCACUUAUCAGGCACGGAACACCAAGGAAGUAACCAUGGAAAUGGUCAAUAUGCAUGAGAAACAACUCUUCAUGGAUGAUAAAAAGCUGGUCGCUAUCAUUUCUGAAGCUGGAUCUGCUGGCGUUUCUUUGCAAGCGGAUAGAAGAGCAGUAAAUCAGAGAAGAAGAGUUCAUUUAACUUUAGAAUUACCUUGGAGUGCAGACCGAGCCAUUCAACAAUUUGGAAGAACUCAUCGGUCAAAUCAAGCUUCUGCACCUGAGUAUAGGUUGGCUUAGCAUUUCUGGUUUUGUCAUCUU